CACUGGGACAUACUGGGGAGGGUCUCGAAGGUGCUGGGAGGCGCUCGGGGGGCUCCGAGGGGGACUGGGGGGCCCCGGUGCCGGUUCCCGGUGCCGGUAACCCGGUGCCCGGUUCCGGGCUCUCCGGUGCGGCCCCGCCCCUGGCCCCGCCCCCGCCGCCCCGGGCUCCGCCCCCCCCCGCCGCCGCCGCCGCCCUUUGUCCGCCGCCGCCGCGGGCCCCGCCAUGGCGUCGCGGUGAUGCGCGGCGGGGCCGGCCCGGGAGUAACGGGGCCGAGGGGAACCGGGAGCCCCAUGCGGGGGCCGCCGCCAUGGGGCAGGUCCUGGGCUUCGCCCACUGCAAAGAGGCUCCAUCCACGGCCUCCACCACGCCAGACUCCACGGAGGGUGGCAAUGAGGAGUCGGACUUCCCCGAGCUGCAGGCGGCACCGGAGCCCCCCGAGGAGGAAGAGGAGGAUGAGGAUGAAGACGGGGCGACGGCGGCGGGGGGGGGACCCCGGGGAUCCCCCCGGGAACUCACCUUCUCCUACAUCGCCUUUAGGGGAGGGGGUCCCCACAACGAGCCAGGACCCCGCUGUCGUCGAGAUUCCCGUCGGGGACGCUCUUCCCGCCUGAGCUCGGGGCCCCCCGGGGGGUCCCCCCGGGGGCCGGACCCCCACUUGGCUGCCAGGGCCCCCCCAAAGCGUCCCGAGGAGCCCCCAGCCCCUCCCGAGGGGCAGCUGGAGGUUGGGGGUGCCCUGCCGGAGUUGGGGGGUCCUGAGACCGAGGAGACCCCCAUGAGCCUGGCAGCAGAACCCACGGGCCCCCCCCCGCCCACGCUGCCCCCCCCGCCCGCAGUGGGAGCCCCACGCCCGCCCCCCCCCGCGCCCCCCACCCCGGACCCGCCCCCGGCGCCCCCCGACCAAUCACCGAGCCCGCUGGGAGCUGAUGUCCUGGUGUGGGAGCUGCUGUACUGGCGGGCGCCGGGCCGGUCAGCGCUGGCGCUGGCGGGGGUGCUGGGCACCCUGGGGUGCCUGGCGCGGUUCAGCGCCGUCAGCGUGGGCGCCUACGGGGCGCUGGCCGUGCUGGGGGUCACCCUGCCCCUGCGCCUGCACCGCCUCACCCUGGGGGCGCUGCGCCGGCGCCCCCCCGAGCACCCGUGCCGGACGCAGUGGGAGGGGGCCGUGGGGCUGAGCCCCGAGGAGCAGCAGCGCUGGGCCCGGCGCCUGGCCCAGCACCUCGCCGCCGCCACCCGCACCCUCACCCGCCUCUUCCUUGUCCACAGCGUCCCCGAGUCCCUCAAGUUCGCCUUCUUCUUCUACCUGCUGACCUACGUGGGGGCUGUCUGCAACGGGCUGACGCUGCUGGGAGCGGGCGUCAUCGGCGCGUUCACCUUCCCCGUGCUCUACCGGCACCACCAGGCCCAGAUUGACCAGUACGUGAGCCUGGUGAGGAACCACUUGGGUCACCUCCGAGCCAGGAUCCAGGCCAAGCUCCCGAGUGCCAAAGCGAAGCCGCAGUGACCCCCCCGUGUGUCCCCCCCCCCGCGAGGUGACAGCUGGGGGGGGGGGCUGUGGGAGGGGUCUCUCCACAUCCCUCCCACCCUGCGUGGGGGGGGUCACUCGGGGGAGGUGGGGGUUUUGUCCCCGCUCUGUGUCCUUCCCCCCACCCCACCUGCGUGGGGGUGUGUGUCAGACUUUAAUAAAAACUCUUGUGACAGCCA